AUGAAAGCAGCCGGUCUCAGCGCCCUCUUGCCGCUCACACCACCCGUGGCAGUGCCGACCUUGUGGCUCACGGCAUGUGCGGCAUGGAGCAGUGGAUGGCAGAGCUGCAGGGCACACCGGGGGCAUGGCGAGGGGCAUGGCGAGGGGCAUGGCGAGGGGCAUGGCGAGGGGCAUGGCGAGGGACAUGGCGAGGGGCAUGGCGAGGGGCAUGGCGAGGGGCAUGGCGAGGGGCAUGGCGAGGGGCACAGAGGAGAGCAGGUGACAGGAGGGGCGCAGCAUCCUCCGGCUGCGGCUGGUGGCAACGCUGGCAGCUCGCUGCCCAGCCUGGCGGCGCACCCACCCUCUCAUGGCCACCUGUCACCGGGAUUGCAUGAGUGGGGCGACUGCACAGGUGGCAGCGGCAGUGGCAGUGGCAGUGGCGAGUGGCAGCUGAUUGCGUCGCCUCCCUCCCCCCUCCACCUCAUCGGCCUGGACUCCUCCCUCCACUCGCCCUCGCUCCACCCUCACUCACACGUCGCCUCUCACACGUCCCCCUCCACCCCUCCCUCACUGCAUCUGCCCCCCCUGUCCCUGCCACCGCUCCUGCUGCCGCCCCUCCACCUGCCCGCCCUGCCCUCAUGCGACCACGUGGGGUCGUCCCCCGCGCCCCCCACGCCCCACGGCAGCCGCCUCUCCCACUGCAGCACACCCGCCCAGCACACAGAGGCAGGCAUGGGUGGGGCGCAGGGUCAACGGGAGGCUGGGGAAGGUGCAAGUGGAGUUGCACUGAGCAAUGGAGAUGGGAGGGGUGUGCUUGACGGUGAAUGGAGAUGGGAGGGGUGUGCUUGA